AUGGACGGACUCCAGCGAUUCGUGCGGACACAAGUUGCGAUUGCGCAAUACGAGCUUCAGAGACUUUUCCUGCUUGAUGAGAAUAAAGAACGAGCCGACGUGGUGCCUCCUCUGCCGCUACACCAGCUCACGGACGACCCUACUGUACUAUGCCGCACGGGAAUGGGACCCAUUCCACGCUUUUCGUCCGUGCGGCCCAUAGUAAACCCUCCGGUGGACCGCCAUUACACGCAAUUUGUCCUCUCUCUACAAACUUGGACCCAGUCAAGAGCAACCCAGUCAUACUGGGUAAUACCCUCCGAUCAUGACGCUCCCGAUCAGGUUGUUAAUGAUAAAACUCCGCACGGUACCGCGAAUAGUAAUUUUCUACAUGAUCUCCGACAGCGGGAGUCCCGGUUUCAAACAGCCGACCAACAUCAGAAUGCCUAUGCUUUUACUGGAACAGCUACCUAUGAGAAAACCCGUCCCUGGCUGGACCGGACACGCUGGAUCAGCACGUAUCAAGGAAUCCCACGCGAGAUUUUAAAGCGAAUGACGCUGCUCCCGACGAUCUCUAGCGCUACACAUGGCCUCCAACUAGGAGGCUACCAGAACCGAACCUUCGCGAGCCCGGCUGCAGAUGAAGAACAGAUCUAUCAUCUGAUUGCCACCCCUGAUACAGUCCUUGACCGCUGUGAGGAUACCAUGCGGCAUACAGGUCAACCAUUUCUAGCAUGGCUGAAGAGCCACAUGGUUGCUGAGCCAUCGCCGCAACCUUUCUCUUUCCUUGGAACACAACAAAGCAGAAGUCGGUACCGCCGCACAUGGAAACAAUUCAUUGCCUUUGUUCUCCACGCCUUUCGGCUUGGGCCGGUAAUUACCCUUGAAGUGUUGCGGCUGACUUUACUUCCUCAACACCUGCCACAGUUGGAACAGCUUUGGGCCAAUUCGUUCGAGACAGGCUCUCGAAGCUCUUCUCCUCGACCAUGUUUCGCCAGAGAAAUCCCCUGUUUAGGGGAGCAAGAGCCGGACGCUCAAGGCGAACGCGCGCUCAGCCCCCUGUUCGGUGAUGAAGUAUUUUCGUCUGAUAGCGAUGAAGAUAAAGACCUCACUGGGAGACCGGACGCCAUGGCUCAGAGCGACGAGCUGCUGAAUUGCUGGAAACCUGCAAGUAUUGGCCCUCUAGAAACAUGUUCGCGACCAGGAUCCAGCCUUCUCUCACCACGGGCUCCUUCAGACCAAUUGGCUGAGGCACUUUUCAAGCUCUGCGUGCUGCUGAUCACGCAACAAUUCAAAGACGGGCAGCCGCAUUCUAGUGUCCUUGUAUAUUUCAGCGGGGUUCUCGGCAUCAGUUCCAAUGGGGGCCAUUUCCUUCCGGCAAAACUAAGAUUACAAGGGCUUAGUAGAUGA